AGCACUUCCUGUUUUUGAUAAUCAAAGCAAACUGUUGAGUAUGAAGGAAUUUAAUGUAUUUUCUGUUAAAAUGAUAACUAUGACAGUAUUCGGUUGUCUCCAAUAUGCUUCAAAUGGUUUUCCUAUGAAGAGUUAAGUUAAGUUGUCUAAAAUGAACUUAAGAAUAAGAAAUGGAGCAACAUAAACAAAAAUCUCAAACCUUGCCACCAGGUGUCUCCCCAGGCAAAGCAUUGCCUGCCUCAAAUGGUGGUCUGUUCCGAAGACUCAGACGCAGGUUUCGGUUACGGAGUAAAGGAUAUGAGUUUGGGAUACCAGAAGAUGAUAGUGUACAAGGUGUCUCUUUUAGACGUAGAAGUGAUGAAUAUUCGUCAAAAUCGGAGCGAGAUAAACAAACUGAGAUUGCAAGAACUCAUUCAGAGAGACUUGCUGAGAAACCAAUUAUCACUGUUAUGAACCAGGGAAAUAAGAAAAAAAGAAAUAAGACAGACGUUCCAAUGGUAAAUGGAAAUGGGAUAUUUGAAUUUGAUAAAUCAAUGAACCGUAGCUUUGAGGAAGAUAACACUGUGGAAAACAAUUUUUUAGUAGCAGACGACGAAGCUAUUGAUUUGGAUAACACUAUCAUGGAAAAGGAUGAGAUAUUUAUAGAACCUGAUCCAGGCUACGAAACACUAGACGAAGUUCGUCGGAAAAUGAAACUCCACCAGAUGGCUGAAAGUAUGGUUGUAAGAUCUUCAAAUAACCCCAUUGAGGACAAUUUUGAAAGAGAAAGUAACCUGAGGGUUAGUCAGCAUCGGAGAACUCAGUCAUCUGGAACAGCAGAAAAUUAUUUUCGGUCAAAUGAUCUGAUAGGACUUGAUCCAAACAGAGACAGCGGAAUAGCAAGUCCAAGGGUUGAUGUAAGUCCAGACUGUUUUCAAGCAUCUUCUUGUGUGAGUGAUAUCAAUUUGACAGGGUCAAUGUCAAGGUCACAGAGACCCUUUACAAUCUGUGGAAAUUCCCCAAAUUUAACUCGAAUAGGGAGUUGUCCUAUAAAAAAUGAGAACAUGAAUAUUCAUGAGGAAGGCAUGUCAAAUGAUAAUCAUGGGAUUUGUAAUUCUGAUACUUGUUUGUGUAAGUAUAGUGGCACUGGUGAUCUCUACGCAAACCCAAAAAUUUUAUUUCGUAAAAGAUCUCAAAAAAAGGGAACGUCACAGACGUUAUCAUUAUCAGAUAAACAAAGUUUUGAAAAUAGCAUGGAUAUUCCUAAUAAAGCAAUGUCUCCAGAGGAAGGACCACCUCUACCUGCAAGAAAAUAUAGCAUGUAUGAUGAUCUGAAAACUCCUGAUUCUUUAAAGAGCUACAGUGACGAAAUCCAAAGUCGUGAAAAUGUUUUAAUGACAAAAUUAGAGACUGCUGUCAAUGAUGGAAAUUUGAAAGACAUGGACUUAUCUAGAGAAAACAAAAAUGUUCAUAAUCAAGGUUUGAAGCAUGUGAAAGUCGAUAACAUAAAAAACUGUAUUGAAGACAGUGCUAUAUCAUUAACGGAUAAUGCCGGAGAAGAUUGUCAUUGUAGCCAUAGUAAUGUAAUUGAAGAUAAUAAAAAUUUUAAAUCUAAUACAAAUGGCUUUAGUGAGUAUGAUUCAGUUACUGAAAGUGAAAAUAGUGAAAAUGCUGACUCAUCAAAAUGUGAAAAUGAAAGUACAUCUUGCAUAUCAGAUACAUGCCGUAGUCUGUCUGUAUCUAUUAGCUCAAGUGAUACAGUCAAAUUUGUAGUUCUUGACUCACCAUUAUCAACAGAAGGGGAGAGCAUUCCGGAGGAAUUAGAAAUCUUACACAUAUCUGAAGAAGAUGAGGGAUACGCAGAGGUCAAGGACGUAGAGAUGAUUAAAAGAAAGGACAAGGUUGACGAUGUUAAGGAAAGGGAAGUAAGAUUAGGCUGGAUAUCAGAGGGAUUAGAGAACUCAUGUACAGAUUGUGGUAAAAUGUCAAAAUAUAGUGCUAAUGUAGUAAGUGAAAACUUAAACAGUUGCUAUAACAACUAUAAUGUCGAUAAUACGGGAAAUAGUGCUAAAAUGAUUGAUUAUGCAAAAGACAAUCAAUCAGGACAAAAUUCUGUGUCUGAUAAUGAAAAAAGCAAACCACCCGUAGAGUUUGAGAGCUAUGCAUCAGUGAGAAGGAACCUUGAUUGUGAAGACAGUUUGUCAAAGAACGAAAGCAUACAAAACGAAGGCUUUAUUGAAGGUGCAACAGGUUUUGGUGGCACAGAUAUCCGCCAAAAAAUAAAUUUAGAUUUUGAAAGUGAUUUUUAUGAUAAAUGUGAGAAUGAAGGUAAUCCUAAAAAGAAUUUUGUGCCAACUCCAGAAACUUCUCAAACACAGUAUUUUAGUGAUUCACGAUUUGAAUAUAGGGCAUUUGGUAAUCAUCAUAGGAAAAGUUCUACAUUAGAUUCCGUCAGCUCAUUCGCAGAAAGUGACGAUAAUUCUAGUAUUCGCUCAUCUGAGGUUCUCAGUGAUAUUCAUGUUAUGUCAUAUGAAGAUGAUGCAGAUGCAAUUUUAGAAAGCCUUGUGAGUAGACGGAGUUCGUUUGCCGAUGAAUUGGACAGUGAUUCAAAUGGAGUGAACGAGGGAGCAUGUGCAGAGCCAAGUUCAGAAUUCGAAGGUCAUGAUCAGGGUUCACAAAAUCAAAUGUCUAAUCUCCAAAGACUUCCUGACUUUUAUUACGACGAUUCAGAACCCAUUCACAUGACAAUAGCUGAGUUGUAUCACCAAAAAAAUGAUUCUGAUGUUACUAUGGUGACAAACACUGCAGAAGUGACAGAAAGGGACCAGAAUGGAAAUGUUGACUCUGUGAGUCCAUCUGUCCCCCCAGUAUUGAGACAAAGGUCUGUAGACAUUGAUAGUAGACCACCUGCAGUUGUACCAAGAUUACACAAAGAAAUAGGCUAUAGACAAGAUUUUAUGGAAAGUAUGCAACAGUUGAAAGAUUGUGGUUGGUAUUGGGGUCCAUUAAGCUGGGAAGAGGCUGAGAUAAAGCUGAUAGAUAAACCGGAUGGAUCUUUCUUAGUGCGUGACAGCUCUGAUGACAGAUAUAUUCUGAGUUUGUCCUUCAACAUGCAAGGUCGUGUACACCACACAAGAAUUGAACAUCAUAAAGGAAAAUUCAGCUUUUGGUCACAACCAGACACACAUGGGAAGUCAACCAUUAAACAAUUCAUAGAACAAUGUGUCCAGAAUUCUCGAAAUGGACAGUUUCUUUACUUUGUAAGGCCCUCCGGUCCAGGAGCACCUCCAAUGCCAGUUCACCUUCUCCACCCAGUGUCCAGAUUCAAACAGAUGCAGUCGUUGCAGCAUUCUUGCCGAUUUAAGAUUCUACAAAUUGUUCGUCGGGAUCACAUUGACUCGUUGCCGAUUCCUACCAGUAUAAAGAAUUACUUGAAAGAAGCUCAGUACUAUGUUGAGUUUCUUGAAGAAUAGAUUAUCAACCAGCCAUUAAUUUUUUUUUUACUAUAGAUUCAUUAUAUAUUAUUUGAGGUACACAAUUUUCAUGUGUAUAAGAAGACCAAGAAUUUAAAUGUUCUACAAAGUAUGCAUGUUCUGCUUUAGAUUGUAUAAAAGGUUUGUUAAGGUGGUACCCAACACCUUUGUUAAAAUCAAUUUGGCUUGUUUAAUUUUCAUAAAAUUUUGGCAAAGUAUUUACUUUGACCCUUUGACAAAAAUAAAAACAUUUAAAAAAAAAUUGAACCAACCAAUUAAAUCAGAAAAAUUACACUGGUUAUAUAGAGCAGUUUGACAAACACCAAUUUUGAUCAUUGCGAUGCUUAAUAUUACUUUUACAUCACGACGUAAUUAAAACGUUAAGCUGACUUUACAGAGUUAUCUCCCUGUUGGGUUAGGUACCACCUUAAGAUUAUAUACAAGGUUUGUUAAAAGCAAAAACUUAAAUAUCCAGAAAAACAUAAAUUUACCUCAUUUUUUUUUCAUGAGGCAUUGUACAGGGUUUUUUCUAAAUCUAUUUUUUUUUCAUAAGGCAUUUUAAAGAUUCAAUACCAUUGUUAUUUUCUAGUCCUGUAGAUUUUUACAGCAAAUAUACUUGAAUGUGUACAUGUUUGCAAAUUGAACCAAAAAAUCAAUCUGAUCCCUUUGUAAACUAUGUACAUAUUAUAAUGAAACAAGAGAUAGUUUUAAAACCAAUCAAAUCAUAAAAUAACAAAGUACAAACAAAAAUAUUGAACUUACCAUGAAACUGGUGGGUUAAACCUGGUUUUAUAGCUAGCUUUAGGAAAGGGAUCAUUUCAAAUCCUAUUUAAACAGAUUUUUGAUUACUGAAUCUACUUAUACAUGUAGUAUAUAUAAUCCUGCUGUUAAAGAUUUUAAAACAUAUCGCCUUUUUCUGUAAUGAAAUAAAAAAAUAUCCUAAAGGCUGUGACAUAGAUUAAUUUGUGAUUUCUUAGAAUCUUAUGAAUUCUUGGUAAUAUUUUUCAAAGCAUCAUCAAAAUGCUGUGAUUGGCUAACAAUGUCCUAAACUAUUAAAAUUCAACCAAUGGUGUGACAUUGUUUUCAUUUUGGUGGAAACAAGGAAAUUUCCUAUGAUCCUUAAGAUUAUUAAUCUUUUAGGAGAACGAGAAAUAUUUUAUGAAUGGACUGAUAUUUGAAAUGUUUUUACACUAAGAUUUUUUUAUUUUUUUUAAAACAUUUUUGAAAGAGGAAGCAGACUGACAAUAAAAGUAUGAAUAAUUCGUAAUGGUCAAACUAUAUCUUAAACAUUUGCCACUGUCAGACUAUUAAUUUACGAUGCUGAAAAUUUUAAACAAAUGAUCUCUAAGUAAGUUUUCCAAAUAACACAAUUGCUUAUAUGUAAACUACUGUAAAUGAGAUUUUUUCAUGAAGUUUAAAUUUGUGGUUUCUAAUUAGACCAAACCAGCUAAUGAUAAUGUAAUUUUACAUUUUUUUUUUAACCUAGUUAAUAUCCUUCUACAUUACUUUACUUAUGGACUAUAAGCAUUUAAAAAACAAAACAAUAUCUGAUGCUAAUGCUAAAGAAAAAGUGUAAAAUAGUUGGGUUUUAAAUUUCAUUUUCAUGUAUAAUUAUUCAGAGCUUAAAACAUGUAUACAGAAUUGUUAUUUUGCUUUCAGGUUUCAAACGAUUUCUCUAUUUUUAACCAGAUUUUUAAACAACAAAGUUGUUAACACAUGUUUGCCAUUUGGUGCUGUAGGAUAAUUUCUGCAGUCUUUUCAAUGCAAUAUUAAACAUCAGUAACUACUUAUUGGUUAACAUUUAAAUGUAUCAUAUAUUUUCAUUUUUAACUUCUUUCUCUUUAAAAAGAAAUGUUUUCUAAAAAGAUUUGUAGCAUAUUUUCUCAUUUUAAUCAGUUUUCUCUAUAAAAGAAAGAAAGAUUUGCUGAAAAGUAUUGCAAAAGUAUUCCAUUUUUUACUACAUGUACAUUUUGUAUGUUUAUUUUUACACCAAAAAAAAUAUCUAUGAUCACAAAUUACUUCCCCUUUAUCAAUUGUAGAAGAAAAGGGGAGGUAAUAUAACACAAGUUGAUAAUUUUAAUUUUUGUGCCAAAUUAGUACUUAGUUAUGCUUUGUUAUUUAUAUAUUGUUUAUUUUUAUUAUUAUUUAAGUUGACAUUUUUUUACACGUUGUAAUAUAAAUUGAUGGUGCUUUUUUCAUUAAUUUCAAUCAUAUGUCAUUGCAAUGUCAUUAUUGUAUAUCUUAGUUGAUAAAUGUUAUUUAUUUUGUAUGAAUGAAAGGUAGUGAAAACCUUAUCCAGUUUUCUCCCUUAGUUGUGUUUCAUAUAUGGGAGAAAAAAAGAAUUAUGUCUCUAAAGAAUUUUUAUAUUAGCUGCAUCGGAUAUAAAUCAACCUUAUGCAAGUGCACGUAUACAUGUGCAUCUAUAAGCUACAACAUUAAAAGUUCAAUGUAGGAUAAAAACUUAAUUUACAUAGUUUUUUCACUGACCCCUACCCCCUCUUAACUUGGGAAAAAUUGAUUUACCUAUAUGGAUAUAUGUAAAAUCGAUUUUGGAUUAACAAAACUUGCAGCAAUGUUGACACCCACCCCCAAACUAUUUGGUUGAAGUUUUUUUUAUCCUACAUCGAUCUUUUGAUGUCGUCCUUAAGACUUUGAUUGAUUUUUGAACAGUCAUAUACAUGUACAAAAUAAAAGAUAAAUUUGGCCUGUGUUGUAGUGAUUUAAAAGCAACGUAAUUAUCCAUCAGUUACAGACUUUUCUUAGAAUUUUUUCAAAUCGAAAAAUUGUUUAACAGAUUAUUGUUAUUCAUUGCAUGAGGUUGAUUUCUGUCCAGUGAGUUCAUAUGUUAUUACCCCCUCGUAUUACGCUUGACAUCUAAAUAACUGAUAAUUUUAUAUUCAGCUAGUUGUCAAUCUUGAAUUGUAGCUUGAUCAGACAUUUGAUUUUUUUCUCUUCAAAAUCUGAUCCUUGUAUGGGAAAUGUGUAGUACAUGUACUCAAAUAAUUUUAAAUUGUUGGUAUUUGUAUUUUCCUUAAAAUUAUGUAAGAGAUAAAUAUUAAAAUAAUGAUUUCAUUUUAAAUGUGGUUUGAGUCUAACAAAACUGUGUCCCAUACCCUCAUGUGUUUUAUAUUGGAACAGCCUUAACUGGUCUUAAGUGUCAAAGGGAGGUAAUUUGAUGAAAUAUAGAGCACUGACAUAUGAUAGUCAUCGUUUUCAUUUUAUACACUUAUAUGUUUCCUGAAAUAAUUUAAAUGAAUCAUGUGCAGAUCUGAAUGUAUUGAUGUUUUGUUCUCAUAUACAAUUGAUAUUUUCUCCAUUAAAGAUGCUCUGAUAAUUCAAACUGUAACUAUCCUAGUGAAAGAACGAUAUUUUUUUUUUAUUUUUCAACCCUUCGUCACCAGAUUUUUUAUCUUCAAAAUCGAACUUCAUUGUUCAUGAAAGUACCUAUAUGACAAGUAGGUUUUCUUAUUCAUUUGUGAAAUAUAUGUGGUUUUUUACCCCUUUGUAUUUUUAUAAAAAUCUAUUAAACAGAAGCUUUGCUUAUAAGAAUAGAAAGUAGCAACUGUACAGAAAGGAUUUUACAGUUAGAGGGCAUGUUGGGAAAUUAUUAAUCCCAAGCAUGUUGACUUUUAUAUUGUAAGAAAUGAAUUAUACAUGUUAUAUAAAUAUUUUAUAUACUUGUUUUUGAUAAGUGCCAUGGAAUUGUGUAAAAAAUGAAGUUAACUUAAAAAAACAUAAAUGUAAUCAGUUUUGUGUUGUGAAUGUACACUUUUGUAUUGCUACAUUGACUUGUCUUGACUGGGUAUGGAUUUAAUGGUAAGAUAAGUUAGAGGGCAAGAAAAGGUCACUUGAAUAAGCAUCUGUUAUAUUGAAUAUACCCAACUUGGUAUAUAUGGAAGCCAGGAUGCAAGCUGUCAUCUGGGAUUUGGGAUUUUUAAAUUUUUUAAGUUGCAAAUUUAAAGGAUUUUUUUUAUUAUCUUCUUUGAAAUGUUCUUUAAACAAAACGUUUUAAGAUUUAUAAAAGUUAAAAUCUAAAUUUGACAAGGGAAAUAGUUUUGCUCUAAUGUCUUCAUUUAAGGGGGAGAUAAUUCAAUUUGGUGUUUCAAAAUCGAAAUCGAAAAUCAUUUGACAAUUUUUUUCAUUUUUGUCGAGCCUUCGACUUUUGUUGAAAAAGCGAGACUAAGCGAUCCUUCAUUCCAGCGGCGGCCGCGGCGUCCACAAAUAUUCACUCUGUGGUUAAAGUUUUUGAAAUUUUAAUAACUUUCUUAAACUAUACUGGAUUACUUCCAAACGUGGACAGAAGCUUGUUUAUGAUCAUAAGAUAGUAUCCAAAUUUUGUAAAAAUAAAAUUCCAUUUUUUACGUAUUUUACUUAUAAAUGGACUUAGUUUUUCUGCAGGGAAACAUUACAUUCACUCUGUGGUUCAAGUUUUUAAAAUUUGAAUAACUUUCUUAAACUAUCCUGGGUUUGUACCAAACUUAGACAGAAGCUAGUUUAUGAUCAAAAGAUAAUAUGCAUAAGGAAAUUUUGUAAAAAAAUAAAUCCAUUUUUUCCGUAUUUUACUUUUAAAUGGACUUAGAUUUUCUGCCAGGAAAUAACAUGUUCACUCUGUGGUUAAAUUUAAAAAUUAAAAAAAAAAAUACUUUCUUUUGCUACUUUUUAUUUGUACCAAACUUAGACAGAAGCUUGUUUAAGAUCAUAAGCUAGUAUUUAGAAGGAAAUUUUGAUAAUAUUUUGUACCUGUGUAUCUGUAUUUUACUUAUAAAUGGACUAAGUUUUCUUCCAGUUAACAUUACAUACAGUCUGCAGUUAAAGUUUUUAAACAUUUAUUAGAUUCAUAAACUAUCCUGUAUUUUUACUAAACUUGGACAGAAGCUACUUAAAAUCAAAAGAUAGUUUCAAGAGGAAUAUUUUUAUUGAUUUUUUUCCUCAUUUUGUUGAGCCUGUGAAUUUCAGCAAAAGUAGGCGAGACACUGGGUUCCGCGGAACCCUUACAAAUUUUUUCAUUACUACAUGUAUUGAAAAAGCUAGAAUCAUGGACGAGUUAUAUUAUUUAUUUUUUUCUUCUUAAAAUAGCAAUUCAAAAAAAUAUUCAAAAAAAUAUUAGUAUCCUCCCCCAUUAUAAAAAAGGUUCAUUCUGUAUAUAUAAGUUUAUUUGUUAUUUGUAAUUCAAAUAUUUAAACACCUCAUCUUCUAGGAAUAUUCAAGAUUUUUUUUUAAAAUAUGCAUUAGAGAACUAAUGUGUACUAACUUGUGAAAUUUUUCUAUAUUUGAAUUCUUCGAUUAUUUAUUCUAUAACAAUUAUUAUUACGGUAAUUUAACUUUAAUAUAAUGGAAGAAAUUAUUUAGAUUUUAAAUCCCAACCUUUUAUAUAAGAUGCAAUUUAAAACUUUGUGAUUAAAUGUGGGGAAUCAAUACUUUGAUUUAAAAUGCUCCCAAAAAAUAUCUCCAGAAUAAGAAAUCAGUGUGGCGUGUUAAUGUUACAUAAGUGCUAUUUAUAAAUAGUAAAUGUUGUAGAGUAUUAUUUGUUGUGUUUUGUUUGUAAUUGCUCACCUUAAGAAGGAUACUGUUACCAUGGUGAUCUGCUUGUCAUGUUUCAUGUGAUCACAAAAUAAAUAUAAACACCCAU